GAAAAUAGUAAAAGGUGAUACGAAAAAAUAGUAACAAUUUGCCUGCAACACCAUGGCAUUAUCCGGACCACUUCCUCUUGAGAAUCUCAGUAUGGCAAGUGGCAAAACCUAAGCAACUUGUGAACGGGUCCCAACGAAGAAGUGCAUAGGAGGAGAUGUUUACACUUUACACUUUACACUUUACACUUUACACAUAGGCCUUCCCAAAAGCUCAACUAGCUGCAAGAGGAUCCAAUAACAUGUAAGAGCCACUAACGCUGUGCCACGUGUAGGCACUCAGGAUUCGAUCUCCCCUCUACUUAUUCUCUCACACCAGAUAUAAGCUUUAUUAGCCCCUUCUUUCAGAUACCAGCUCCCACACCAUCAAACUUACUACAUCUGAGUUAUUAUGUUGAAACAAGAGAGUAACGACAUAGGUAGUGGAGAGAACAACAGGGCACGACCCUGUGACACAUGCCGGUCAAACGCCUGCACCGUGUAUUGCCAUGCAGAUUCUGCCUACUUGUGCAUGAGCUGUGAUGCUCAAGUUCACUCUGCCAAUCGCGUUGCUUCCCGCCAUAAACGUGUCCGGGUCUGCGAGUCAUGUGAGCGUGCUCCGGCUGCUUUUUUGUGUGAGGCAGAUGAUGCCUCUCUAUGCACAGCCUGUGAUUCAGAGGUUCAUUCUGCAAACCCACUUGCUAGACGCCAUCAGCGAGUUCCAAUUCUACCAAUUUCUGGAAACUCUUUCAGCUCCAUGACCACUACUCACCACCAAAGCGAGAAAACAAUGACCGAUCCAGAGAAGAGACUGGUGGUGGAUCAAGAGGAAGGUGAAGAAGGUGAUAAGGAUGCCAAGGAGGUUGCUUCGUGGCUGUUCCCUAAUUCAGACAAAAAUAACAAUAACCAAAACAAUGGGUUAUUGUUUAGUGAUGAGUAUCUAAACCUUGUGGAUUACAACUCGAGUAUGGACUACAAAUUCACAGGUGAAUACAGUCAACACCAACAAAACUGCAGCGUACCACAGACGAGCUACGGGGGAGAUAGAGUUGUUCCGCUUAAACUUGAAGAAUCAAGGGGCCACCAGUGCCAUAACCAACAGAAUUUUCAGUUCAAUAUCAAAUAUGGCUCCUCAGGGACUCACUACAACGACAAUGGUUCCAUUAACCAUAACGCAUACAUUUCAUCCAUGGAAACUGGUGUUGUGCCGGAGUCAACAGCAUGUGUCACAACAGCUUCACACCCAAGAACGCCCAAAGGGACAGUAGAGCAACAACCUGACCCUGCAAGCCAGAUGAUAACAGUAACACAACUCAGUCCAAUGGACAGAGAAGCCAGGGUCCUGAGAUACAGAGAGAAGAGGAAGACAAGGAAAUUUGAGAAGACAAUAAGGUAUGCUUCGAGGAAGGCAUAUGCAGAGAUAAGACCGCGGGUCAAUGGCCGGUUCGCAAAGAGAGAAAUCGAAGCCGAGGAGCAAGGGUUCAACACGAUGCUAAUGUACAACACAGGAUAUGGGAUUGUUCCUUCAUUCUGAUACUCCUGUGGCAAAAAGAAAAACUAGAUUGCAAGCUGUAAAUUACUUUUAGUUUGAGAUUAUGUUAGGUUUGGUGAAAUUCUUAGCUUCAAGAAGUAUUACUACUGUUGUGCAAAUGGGUUUGUAGUUUUGGCUAAUUAAAACUAUAGUAUUCUUCUUUCUCUGCAUUAGUUAAACAAAACCAGUCUAAUUGGUACAGAUCCCCAUUUGUGAAAUAUGGAUCAUCAAGAAGUGAAAACGCAGAUUUCACCUUGCUAACUACUAAGAGGGAAGCCAAGGUUCAAAGCCAAUAACUUCCCGAUAACCUGAACAUGUGACACUUUCACGCCUCCCUGACAACAAAAAGAUUCUACAAUUCAAGUUGAUAACACAGACUCCUCAGCUGUAAAUCACAACUUCUUACUAAAAUGAGUCAUAUCACGUUCCUAAUUGUAGAAACCAUCAGCCAUAUAUGUUCUCGGCUUCAAGAACUGUAAGAAGAAAUAAGUAAUAACAACCAAGUGUAUAGCUUAUACUAUGUGUUAAUGUUAAGUGAUGGAUUCGAGACCUCACGUGAAAAGUUCAUAAAGUGAUAUAAGGAUGCUGCACUUUGCACUUUUUUGCACUUUUCCAAAAAUCUAAGGAUAGUUCAGAUCGAUUCUCAAAGCCAUCAAAUUUUAAAACCAUUCCCAAACUUUACAUGGUCCCUGGGCCUUCAUAGAUUCUCACUCUUUUAACUUCUUGCUUACAAAAAAAAAACCAUUCUCCUUAAUCUGAAGUAGGAAAAAGUCUGCAACUACAGCAUGAGUUUGACAGAAAAAUUAUAACACUCUGCUUUCUAAGGUUCUUAUCUUGCUUCAAUGACCAUAUACUAAAAUAGCAAUUUCCUCCACAUAAUCCACAAAAAACUUUGGUGUCAUGUGAAGAAGGCCUGAGAGUAGUUCCUAACUAACCAAUAACCAUUACAAAGGAAAUCCACAGACUGACUAAGAAGAAGUAAAGACAGAACAAAUGAAAAAUGCCAAAACAGAACAACACAAGCACAGCUAUAUCUGAACACGCCUUAAAACACCAUUUAAUAUAUAAUCAUCUCUAUACUUACCAGAGAGUCAGAAACCAGUAUAAACCCUAACAUUUAUACAAAUCGGAAUCAGUCACCAUCAAAAUAUAAACCCUAACAUUCAUUCAAACUGAUUUUCGAU